CUGGAUUUGGAAAUCCAGCUCUUCCUCAUCUUUCAAGUUAUCUCAUCAUUUUUAUCGCGGUCCAAAUCUACCUCUACUCUUAUCUAUUUUCCUUUGAUUUUUAAACCCACCGGCCUUGUUUUCCGCUCGUUUGUUCUUGUAAUUUUCCUUUUUUUUUUUUUUUCCUUUCUUUUGUAAUAUUUAUGAUGGUCGUAGAUCUGUGCGAUCUUGGUAGUAACUUCAUCUUUCAGUUCCGGUCUUCGAUCUGUUGUACUUGCUAUUUUCAUUUUUGGAGGAAGUUCUUUCAUCCUAUAAUGGGUAGUUUCUGAGCUCAAAACUCGUACAGAACUGGUGUUCUUUCGAGGUUGAAGAAACCCAUUUUAAAGUCCUGAAAAGUUUUCCGAGCUGGAGAAACUUUAGCGUUUAUAUGGUUUGCUGACCAUGUUUUUGCAAUUAGGGUUUUGUGCGUGAUAAUUUGGUGAUUUUGUAGUUCUCUGGAAGCACGAAUUUGUUGAUUUUCGUGGUGGGUGAACUUAUUUGGUAUGGAUUAUAGUGGGGGAAACGUAGUCCAUGUGAUCCCCGGGACGAGCACCGACAAUUGGCCCGGCGAAGUUUGGGCAACCGAAGACGAAUACAGAGCUUGGAACAAUGGCGGUGAUGGGGAUACGCCUUCGAAUUCGAGUUAUGAUCAAAGGCAAUCCCAAAGCCGGUCCGGAAGCGAACCCCCGAACAAGAAAUCGAGAAACUCGCAGGAUGUUACGUCCUCGAAUCGAUCAAAAGCGAUAGGGAAAAUGUUCUUCAAGACCAAACUCUGCUGCAAAUUCCGCGCUGGAACCUGCCCUUACAUCACAAAUUGCAAUUUCGCUCAUAGCAUUGAGGAGCUCAGGCGGCCGCCACCGAAUUGGCAGCAGGAGAUUGUGGCCGCCCAUGAGGAAGAGAAGGCGGUAUUGUUAGAGCCGAGGGAGGAAUUUCAGAUUCCUUCACUCGGGACUUCAAAUUUUGGUUCCGAGUCGCAGAGGUCGUAUAAAGGUCGACAUUGCAAGAAGUUUUACACUGAGGAAGGCUGUCCGUAUGGGGAUAGCUGUACGUUUCUUCACGAUGAGCAGUCAAAGAAUCGAGAGAGUGUGGCAAUAAGCUUGGGUCCUGGUGGGUACAGCGGCUGCGGCGGCGGCAGUUCAGGCAAUGGAUCCAACAUCAAGCCUUCGAAUUGGAAAACAAGGAUUUGUAACAAGUGGGAGUUGACAGGAUAUUGCCCGUUUGGAAACAAAUGCCAUUUUGCUCAUGGUGCUGCUGAAUUGCACCGUUAUGGUGGUGGGCUUAUGGAGACGGAAGCUAGAGAUUCUUCGUCUGCUCCUCCUGACCCAAAACAGGGAGUGUUGCCAAAAGCUCCGGGCGACACCGUGGUUGCUUCUGUUCCUUCAGUUCCUCAUUCAGACGUUUAUCAUGUUGCAGUUCCAUCACAAAGGUCAACCAUUGUGAUUCAAAGGGCAGGGCAGAGAACUCAUCAGAAGUGGAAGGGUCCCGAUAAAAUCAGUAGGAUAUACGGUGACUGGAUCGACGACAACGAGUAAGAUGGUAUCGACUGAGCAAUUUCUGAACAUGAAUAACAAGAACUUAAAGUUCCAUAGUUUUAACAGGCAUCAUGAUGGACUUUGUCUCUCAUGAGCAUUUGGCAGAUGAAGAUUAAUCUGUUCGUUGGGGUGGAGUUUUGGUUGGUUCAUUUCUUAUAUCCAUAUCCAAACCCUCUUCAUUUCAGAUCUUUUAUCUGUUAGUGUUGUUAUUUCUGUAAGAAAAGAAAAAUGUAUGAUUGUCCCCUUCCCAGAUCAUCAUCAUUGGAUAAUUCUUCUGUGUCUUCUGGGAAAGUUUUUAACCUUAUUUGUAAUGGGAAUAUGAGUCCUACAAAUGAGGCAGCAAUUUUUACACUGACAUUGUGACUGCUGAUGAUCCUAGUGUAGUGUUGGUAGUUAAGUUAGACUGUUACAAUUGCUCCUUUUUUGUAUAAUGUGUUGUAGCUCGCAAUAGUUUCAUAAUGGUUACGGUUGUUAUGUCU